ACUAAAAAUAAACCGUACAAGCAUUCAAUGCUCGCUUAAGAAGGCGUGCCCGGUUUUAAGUUUUCCUUCAUUUAAUGUGGGAGCAACAGACACUAGCUGGCGCUUCAACGUGCAUGAACUUGAUUGGCUAGUAGUUUGCUGCCAAAGCAUCCUCACCUAACAUUGCCCAACUUGGUCAAACAGUAUUUUGAUGGAAAAAUAACAGUCUUUCGUUCAUUAUUCAAAGGGACUAAUUCUGAACCACCGGAUAUAGAAAGCCUUCCGUUACUGAUUUAUGUAUGCAUUUUUGCUUACGUCGAGGGUAAUCCAUAGAUGGGGAGGAGAUUAAUUAGCUGAGUGUUAUAAAUGAGAGGAUCCAUGUGGGUGGAAAUGGGAGGAGCGAGUACAUGUUUGGUCUAGGCGGGGCCCACCAUUGGGAAGUGGGCUGGUGGGAAGAUAGGGGUUGGCUUCGUCAUUCUACAACUCCCAAAGAUUUGAUACCUUUCUAUAUAAUAUACUCAUCGGGCGUGACAAGGAAUUAGAGAGACGCAUAUCACAUUCUCACGGUAUAAUGGCCACGAAACCAGGGAUCCUCACCGAUUGGCCUUGGACACCCCUCGGGAGUUUCAAGUACAUAGUAAUAGCACCAUGGGCGGUCCAUAGCACAUACAAAUUUGUGACAGAUGAUCCGGAGAAGAUGGAUCUCGGUUACUUCCUCGUAUUCCCUUUCUUGCUCCUCAGAAUCCUGCACAACCAGGUUUGGAUCUCUCUUUCCCGUUACUAUACUGCCAAGGGAAAGAGGCGCAUCCUCGACAAAGGUAUCGACUUCAAUCAGGUCGACAGGGAGACCAACUGGGAUGACCAAAUAUUGUUCAACGGACUGCUGUUCUAUAUAGGGAUCUCGCUGUUGCCACAGGCCAAGCAACUUCCCUUGUGGAGGACAGACGGAGUGUUGAUGGCGGCUCUGAUUCACACUGGCCCCGUGGAGUUCCUCUAUUACUGGCUCCACAAAGCACUUCACCACCACUUUCUUUACUCCCGCUACCAUUCCCACCACCACUCCUCUAUCGUCACUGAGCCUAUCACUUCUGUGAUACAUCCGUUUGCGGAGCACAUAGCAUACUUCAUGCUCUUUGCCAUACCAUUGCUUACGACGUUGCUAACGAAAACGGCAUCCAUAGCGUCGUUUUCCGGAUACGUAAUCUACAUAGACUUCAUGAACAACAUGGGACACUGCAACUUCGAGCUCGUCCCUAAGCGUCUUUUCCACAUAUUUCCUCCCCUCAAGUUCCUCUGUUACACUCCCUCAUUCCACUCGCUGCACCACACGCAGUUCCGAACGAACUAUUCCCUCUUCAUGCCCUUGUAUGACUACAUUUACGGCACAAUGGAUGAAACCUCGGAUACAUUGUACGAGAAAUCUCUAGAAAGAGGAGAAGAUAGAGUGGAUGUUGUGCACUUAACUCACUUGACGACGCCUGAGUCCAUAUACCAUUUGCGCAUUGGCUUGGCUUCAUUUGCCUCCUACCCCUUCUCUUAUCGAUGGUUCAUGCGCCUUUUGUGGCCUUUCACGUCUCUCUCCAUGCUCUUCACUCUCUUCUAUGCUCACCUUUUUGUCGCUGAGAGAAACUCAUUCGAGAAGCUUAACUUGCAGUCUUGGAUAAUACCAAGAUAUAAUCUACAGUACUUAUUAAAAUGGAGAAAAGAUGCCAUCAACAACAUGAUUGAGAAAGCAGUACUAGAGGCUGAUAAAAAAGGAGUGAAGGUUCUUAGCCUAGGUCUUAUGAACCAAGGGGAGGAGCUGAACAUGAAUGGGGAGGUGUAUAUCCAAAAACAUCCAGAAUUGAAAGUGAGAGUGGUGGAUGGCAGUAGAUUAGCAGCAGCGGUUGUGAUCAAUAGUGUACCCAAAUCAAUUACAAGCGUCGUGAUGACAGGCAAUCUCACAAAGGUGGCUUACACCAUCGCUUCUGCUCUUUGCCAGAGUGGCAUUCAGGUCUCGACUCUCCUCCCGUACGAGUACGAGAAACUAAGAUCAUGCGUUCCACAAAAAUACAGAGACCAUUUGGUCCAUUUAACCCCCGCAGAACUCUCAUCAAACAAGAAUUGGUUACCGAGAAAGGCGAUGAGUGCAACUAGAGUGGCCGGAAUAUUACACGCCUUAGAAGGAUGGGAAAUGCAUGAGUGCGGUACAUCCGUUCUUCUCUCCGAUUUGAACCAAGUAUGGGAAGCUUGUCUCAGCCAUGGCUUCCAGCCUCUCCUGCUUCCACAGAAAUGAACCCUACAUGUUGUGUGCUUGUAUUUCAUUAUAUGAUCCACUAUCUCACACAAGGAACUUUCAAACACAAAGCGCCAACAGUUAUUAUUUACAUGCAUAAUAUUGCUCUAUAAUUUAUGCAUAUGAAUCUUUUACUGGGUAUUGUAAUAAUAAAAAUACUAUUUCUAUUUUUUUGUCGUCAAGAAUAUUGUUUAUUUCAUAAUUUAUUGGAGUUAUUUAUGUAGUAUAAAAUCUAUCUUACAUAUAUCCAGGUUAUAAUGCUUCCGUUUACAUGAAGUAAUAUAUUGAAGGCAUAUUAUCCA